AUGUUUGGUACAUCAUCAAGCUCACUUCGUCGAAAACGUGGUGCAUCAGUCACAGUGAAUACUGAAGAAGGAGCGUCGAUUCUGAAGGGUACGACAUUAACACCCCAAAUCAUAGCAGAUAUAGACGUGUUGGCGCCUUGUUUGAACCCUGACGAGAUCAGUCAACAUAUUAAAACCAAGCCGACAACUGAGUCGUGCGAAGAGCGCAUGCCGGAUCUAGAAUCCGAAUUCGAUCGUUUGGAAUCAAUUCGGUCGUUGGAUGGUUUGAGUGAGAGAGAGCUAGUUGAAGCGGUGAAAGCAAGUGAUGAACAAAUGCUGCUUGACGACGAACCGGACAUGACGGUGACGAAUUCACUUGCAUCAUUGCCUCGCGAUUCUCAUGAAAUGAACAACACUUCUGCAGAACCGAUGGAAGUGGAUCAAGAGAAUGUGCAUGACAAUAAAGAUGUCGGCAGCAAUCACGAUGAUGAAAAGACUGCCGACAUUAACUCGUGCAAGGGCACUAGUGACUUGGUUGGCGCUCUUUUGUCGACGGUCAGUGUGCUGCCACAUACAGUAAUUGAAGGGGAGCUGAUAUCGAGGGAAACAUCAUCGAUCAGUCAACGGAGAUAUCAUUCGAGAGAGCCAAAUUUGGAACCCGAAGCUAGCGACCUAUUCGGUAGUGCUACAGUUCUGAAUAAGCAACGAAUUUCUGAAAGCAUUACAGCUUUGUGCCAACAAAGAUUGAGCCAAAGUCAUGCUGAACGCACAACGUCUGCACAUUCUGAUAGCACUGCACACUCUGUUGACAAACAAAACGGUCUGAAGAUUGAGUCAGUCGGUCGGAAGGUAUUCAUCAUUUCGAUGUUCUUUUGGCUCAUCCAGUUUCACGUCAUCGUUUAUCUUCGUUCAGUUCGCGUUUUGAAUGAUGAAAUGAGCAAGAUUACUGAUGCGCAGAGGAUAGGAUUAGGAUCGAAGGCUCCCGACCCACCCAACUAUAAGGGUGACAUCCGCAUAGAGCGAUCUUUCUCACCUCUCGACGAUUCUCCAGCGUUUAUGGAAGCAAUAAAACAAGGACCUAGUCAAACGGCAAACAAUUCUACUCCACCAUCGGUCAGCGCAGCCAAGACUGAUACGUCGUCAGUGACAUCCUUAAGACGUCGCACAACGAAAUGUCGCUUCUGUGGUGCGAAUUUGCGUGCUAUCGAUAAGUAUCGUCCGGACGGAAAACUUGCUUUGGAAUGUCGAAAUAGACAAUGUUUAAGAUUCAAUGGCUGGACAGACGACCAACGAUUGAUCGCAUCACUGAAGAGACCAAAGUCGAAGCAUGGAUGGUUUCUAUCAGAUCCAAUGCGAGUCUAUUAUCGGAUGCGUGCCAGCGACGCCACAUCCGAUGAUGAUGAUCCACCGUAA